AGGAAAGAAGGAGAAAGACGACCGGGGCCCAAGGAGUUGGACUGAAGGGUCGAAUGAUACAGUGCAGGGUUGUAAUCGACGCUCCGUGCAAGUUCUGUAAGAAAAGACUGACAACAUGAGAAGAAGAGCAAGCAGCGUCGCCCAUUCUCCCUCAGUGACACCACCGACAAUCUUCGUGGAGAUGAUGGAACAAAAGACCCGUGAGGCAGCUCCAGUCAUGUUGACGGCGAUCGAGAAGACGGAGCUUCGCACCGCGACGGACGCGCGAGACGAAGGAGAGGUAGAAACGAGUUUCCCGAGCAACCUAGUUGCUUCGUCGGACUCGCAAACCUCAAAAGGAACACAACAACUGGCAGCGGCUCAGCAUCGGCCGGCGUCUGAGGUGACCGAGGAGCUAGGAUCAUCCCGGAAGAUGCGCUCGUAUGAGUGAGGUCGGAUCCAGUAGCAACGACAACCGACGAAGCAGGUGAACGGAAGCUAAUGGUGGAGCCCAUCGGGCAUUCUUGCCGCCUAAGAAUUGGUAUGCCGGCGAGAAAGAAGAAGACGAAGGAGGUUGGCUAUGGCUUCCAUCCUUUCGCAAACACUCGACUACUGGCAUGGUCUCGCACAACACGGUAGUGACCUGCUUUAUUAAUCGACCAGACAAGGAGAUGCAUCCAUCUCCACUAGGGUGGAUCGAGAGGACCGGAACAAUAGCGGGAAGGGAGAACCAUUAAGGCAAGUGGGGCAUUCUGGCUCAUUGCGGAGUUGGCGUGGGAAUUCACCUCGGGCGUGGGCAUCACCAACCCUUUUGCGAUUCCCGGCGCCAGGAGUGGUGAGAUAGCCGCCAAACUAUGAUAAAAAUGGAAGCCUGAAUGCCCCGAGGGACAAUGAGACAUUGGCGAGUUGGGAUCAUUAUUAGAUGAGAUUUAUGGAGCAUCCAAUUAAAGUUUUCAAAAGCGU